AUUUCGAAAGGAGAAGAUAUACAGAGAUGACUCUUUUCUCUAGCUAUCAGUUCCAGGGCCAGGGCCGGGUUAACCAGCUCGGAGGUGUAUUUAUCAAUGGUCGACCUCUACCUAAUCAUAUAAGAUUGAAGAUUAUAGAGAUGGCUGCUGCUGGAGUAAGACCUUGUGUUAUUAGUAGACAGCUCAGAGUCAGCCAUGGUUGUGUUUCUAAAAUAUUAAAUAGAUACCAGGAGACAGGAAGUAUUAAACCCGGAGUUAUUGGUGGGAGUAAACCUAGAUCUGGAGCUGAUGAUAUAGAGAAGAAGAUUGAAGAGUAUCAAGAAUUAAAUCCUGGUAUAUUUAGCUGGGAGAUCAAGGAAAGAUUAGUUGAGGACGGAAUAUGUAAUCUAGAAUCUGUACCUAGUGUAUCCACUAUAUCUAGAUUACUACGUGGAGAAGGAGAAGAGAAACAGAACCAUAGUAUUGAUGGAAUACUUGGACCAGGUAGUGAUGAGUCUGAUAUAGAUACUGAACCUGGUUUAACAAUAAAAAGAAAACAAAGAAGAGCAAGAACAACUUUCUCUAAUUCUCAAUUAGAACUUCUGGAAGAAUACUUUCAAAGAGCUCAAUACCCUGAUGUAUACACUAGAGAGGAGAUAGGACAAAAGACCGGAAUGUCUGAAUCAAGAAUCCAGGUUUGGUUCUCCAACAGAAGAGCUAGACUCCGUAAACAGAUCUCCGGAGGAGUUAGUUCUGUAUCUCCUGUAUCCCAGUAUCAGGAUACAUCAUCCUACUACUAUAAUUACAAUUAUAAUCCUUUAGUUAACAUGUAUCAAGACUAUUCUCAGUACGGAUUCUUCUCUCAUCCCCAACCCCAACCUCAGUUUACACCUCAACCUAAACCUGUCAUGGCUCCGUAUAUGCCAGUGCUUUCAGAACCAAAACCUUCUUAUCCAAUCCAGACACAUGGUAGAGAAUUCUAAACCCUUUAGUCAGAUUAUAUUAAUUCAUUCUUUCUGUGAAGCCAUAUUUGUAUAAAUUGUCAGCCCUAUGUAAAAUAAAUAAUAUGUAGA